AUGGACACUAUUGAUGACAUAUCCAGUACGUGCGAAAAUGACUCGGUCAACUUAAAAAAAUCGAGUGCUUUGUUUAGUGCUGAAAAAGAUUCAUAUUGCGAUUCGGAAACCGAUUAUGAUAGUGAAAAUGAAACAAUCGACAUCUGUGAAAAUAGUGAGCAUUCUUUUAGUAAAACUGUGUUAGUGAAUUCACGCAUUGAAGACGAAAAAACAAAAUUCUUUGAAAAUCACCGCGUUAUAUUUCCAACGAGAUCACUUACAAAUUUUGUAAAUAAUGAAUCUUCCCGACAUGUAAAAGACAAAAGUAAAACUUUUCUGAUAGACAAUAUUUUAGGAAACAUUAAUAAUGAAAAAAUUAAUACAAAAGAACAGGGAGAAACCACCGAAGAUAACGCAGAUGAAUACAACGUGUCUUCGACGUCGGCAUGUCCAGAGCUGGGCACGUUGAAUGGCGCAGGUCUCCUAGCGGGACAUGCCUACACGCAAUGGUUGGCAACACAUCAGCCUACAAACAGUUUUUUCGAUGACAAGAACAACAGAAGACCUAGACGAGCCGGACCGGAACGCAAGCCACGACAAGCUUACAGCGCUAAACAGCUAGAGCGACUAGAAGCCGAAUUUAAAUUGGACAAGUACCUCAGCGUUUCAAAGAGGAUGGAACUUUCAAAAGCAUUAGGUCUGACAGAAGUACAAAUUAAGACCUGGUUCCAGAACCGCAGAACGAAAUGGAAGAAGCAGCUAACAUCUCGUUUGAAAAUAGCACAACGUCAGGGUCUCUUUUCUGGUCAAAUCUUCGGACAUGCCCCGCAAACUUAUUCCCUUUUAAAUCCUUACGCGUAUGCGCCGCUCAGCUGUGUUUUUACCCCUGUAACAUUGCCUUCCACUCCACCAUAG